GAAGCUGUACAAGCUGAAGCUAAAGAAGAUGGCCCAGCAGCUGAAGUACGAAGAUGGAAUCAAAUCUUCACUUCAUGUAUGGCAGAAUGAGAUCUUACCGAAGUGGGAUGAAGUUAAGAAGCACAAGAAGACAAGGGAACUAUGGUGGCAGGGGAUUCCCCCGAGUAUUAGAGGGCGUGUCUGGAUGCUGGCCAUCAAGAACGAACUCAAUAUCACUCACGAAUUAUUUGAAAUCUUCCUUAUCCGUGCCAAAGACAAAAUCAAGAUGUGUAGUGAAUCAGAAUCAGAGGGCAUUGGUCUUGAAGAGAUUCAUGCUGCUAGUCGAGAGAACAGCGUUGAUGUUAUCAAGCUAGAUGUAGCAAGGACAUUCCCGCAUUUAUGUAUAUUUCAGAAGGGAGGUCCUUACUUCGAUCUACUUCAUGGUGUGUUAGGAGCUUAUGCAUGCUACAGACCAGAUGUGGGAUAUGUGCAAGGGAUGUCGUUCAUAGCAGCAGUAUUUCUGCUGUAUCUCGACGUAGCUGACGCUUUCAUUUGCUUCGCCAACCUACUCAACAAGUCUUGCCAGCUAGCUUUCUUUAGGCUUGAUCAACAAGUUAUGCAAUCCUACUUCAAUGCCUUUGAGGAGUAUUUUCAAGACAGUCUCCCUCGUCUCUUUUCUCACUUUGAUGAACUUGGCAUCUCACCAGACCUAUACAUCAUUGACUGGAUGUACACUCUGUACAGUAAGUCGUUACCUCUGGACGUGGCCUGUAGGGUCUGGGAUGUGUUCUUCAGAGAUGGGGAAGAACUGCUCUUCAGAACGGCUUUAGGUGUCCUAUCCCUCUAUGAGGAGGUCCUGCUCAACAUGGACUUCAUCCAGGCUGCACAGUUCCUCACCAACAUCCCUGUCACCAUCGACAGCGACAAGCUCUUCAAGCACGUCGGCAGCAUCGACAUGCACCAGAAGAAGUUUGGCCAGAUCCUCAUGCAGCACUUGUCGUCCAACCUUGCCAAUCAGUCUGGAAGCUAGUGAAGCAGUUGCUGUCGGGACUGUGCAACAGGUCAGGUUCAAUCCCAUGUUUUCAUGUCUGGGACUGGACAGAGUAUAUUUCAAGAAUGCCAGUCUCAGGGUUUCCUAGACCUUGGGAAGAAACUGGCUUCACCCCACUCAUAAUCUGCUGUGUAAUUCAGAGAUAGGAACUUGUGAAGCAGUUUCUAUCAAAACUCUGGACAGAUAAGGAAGCUGGCUUCAUUCCAACCCUUAGGCUACAGAGUAUUCCAGAGAUGCCAUUCCAAAUGGCUCUACCAAUUUCCUUGAUAAUGGAGUAUUUCAGAGGCUCCAGUACUCGCUUCAUCAAAAUAUCAGAUGUGCAAGUUCACAGACAUCCAAUAGGUUCUGACUGAACUAUUUGUGGACAUUUCUAUGGCAGUAGAUUAUGAUGUAUCUAUAUUAUACACAAAAGAUAGAAAUUCUACAUUUGUUUCCAGUUGAGCAUUUCAUGAAAAUCAGUCAGUGACUUUUCACUAUUUGUUAUAAGCUACUGAAAUCCUUGCAUCUGAUUGGCUUAGAGCAAAUUUGUCUAUGAAAAUCAGAGACAAGAUACUUCAUGAAACAGUCCCCUGUUGCCUCAAUGACUGAAACCUCACAGAGAAUGUAUGAUUUACUCAAAGCUUGCAAUAUUUAGAAAGAAAGGGUCAAGAGCUGUUUCUGAUGCACAAUCCUGUAGGUUUUACUGUGUCAGCAUAUAUAAUUUAGUAAGCAAUACCUCAAGAGGAUACAAUAUA